AUGAUUGGAUUCCUUAAUUGCAGUAGUGGAUACAAUGGAUUGGUAGAUUUUGAUUUUCAGAAGCUUCUUUCGAAGGCACCCAGUUUUACGAUUGAUGAACUUAUUCAAUCUGAUGCUGUUCCUCGUCUUGUUGAAUUUCUAGUUAUUGACGAUUUUCCUCAACGCCAGUUUUUUGCUGCUUGGAUACUCGCAUACAUAGCAGGUGGAACUUCUGAGAACACUAAGGUUGUAAUUGAUCAUGGGGCUGUACCAUUACUAGUCAACCUACUCAGUUCACCUAGUGUUGCUGUUCGUCACGAGGCUUCGUGGGCGUUGGGAAACGUUGCCUGUGAUUCCCCUAGUUGCCGUUAUCUUGUUCUCAGUCAUGGUGCCAUGAUCCCGCUGUUAUCCCACUUGAAUGAGCUAGCAGAUAUUUCUAUGCUGAGAAUUGCAACGCGAACCCUGUCAAACUUUUGUAGGGGCAAACCGCAACCCCUGUUUGAGCAGUUGAGGCCAGCACUUCCCACUCUCGAGCUUUUGAUUUUUUCCAAUGAUGAAGAAGUCCUGGCAGAUGCAUGCUGGGCACUCUCAUAUCUUUCUGAUGGAACAAAUGACAAAAUCCAAGCGGUGAUCGAGGCAGGUGUAUGUGGCAGACUGGUGGAGCUCCUUUUGAACCCUUCUCCUUCAGUGGUGAUUCCUGCACUUCGCACAUUGGGAAAUAUUGUUGGCGGAGACGACAUGCAAACUCAGGCUAUUCUCGAUCAUGGUUCACUCCCAUGCCUUUUGAGCCUGUUGACCCAUAAUCACGAGGAAACUAUUAGGAAAGAAGCUUGCUGGACUAUAUCAAACAUUACAGCUGGAAACAGAGAGCAGAUACAGGCUGUUAUUGAAGCUGGUCUGAUUGCCCCUCUGGUCAAUCUUCUUCAAAAUGCGGAGUUUGACACUUUAAAGGAAGCAGCAUGGGCACUCUCUAAUGCUACAUCUGGCAGUACCCAUGAGCAAAUCGAUUAUUUGGCGAGCCAGGGUUGCAUUAAGCCUCUGUGUGAUUUGCUUGUUUGCUCUGAUCCAAAAAUUGUUACUGUCUGUUUACAAUGUCUUGAGGAUUUUCUGAAGGUUGGAGAAGCGGGGAAAAACCCCGGUUACACAGGAGAUGUCAACUUGUAUGCUCUGAUGAUAGAGGACGCUGAGGGAUUGGAAAAGAUUGAAAACUUGCAGAGUCAUGACAACUAUGAAAUUUAUGGGAAGGCUGUCAAAAUUCUUGAGACAUAUUGGUUGGAAGAUGAAGGUGAGACGCCAUCUCCAGGCAAUGGUUCUCAACCUGGUUUUAACUUUAGAGGCAGUGACCUUCCUGUCCCAUCUGGUGGAUUCAAUUUCAGCAGAAUGUGACCAUUGUUGCAAGGAACGUGACGAGUGGUUUCUUUGAUGCAGCUUGGAUUCUAUCCUUUAUUAAGUUGUAGUUUUUAUUGGUAACUAGUGUGUAAGAUGGCCAUUCUCGUGCCUGUCUGUCCUCUAUUUUUUUUUUUUUAAUGCGCUAACGCACAUUAUCAACAAUGUUUUC